AUGGUUGGUGGGCAGUUCUGGCAGCGAUGUCCAAUCACUACACUUAGUGGUUUCGUGCUCAAAAGCGCAAUGCAUAAAUAUCCUCCAAUAGCUGCUUUCCAACCUUUGAUAAACGGCGUCGGCGGCAAUCUAGUAGCAGUCCAGGCGAGUCGUAUAAGCACCGGUCUUCAUCGGUCACGGAAGGAUCAAACACAGGACUCGAAAAGCCUAUGGACGUACACAAAUCCUUGGCAUGCUUUUAUUGUAAAUCAUGAGGAUUCUGUUGCGGCACGUAUUCUCAUUGGUAUUUCGAUCCCAGGAAAUAUUAUAUUUAUGAAUACAAUCUUCUUAUUCGAUUGCGGGUUUAAAAACACGGUUCCAUUCACGGUCACAUUCCUUGCAGUUUCGCUUAUUCAGGUUGUUAUUUUGUUGUAUAUCUGUCAGUUCCUCGUACGGGCGAUGUGGCGAUCUCGAAUCGAUCCCGACAGUUCAGCCAUUCCAGUUCUGACGGCAGCCGGAGAUUUGCUCGGUGCCGUCCUACUGAUAGGCUGCUUCUGGCUUGCCGCUAACGCCUACGGGAUGCACGUAGACGAGUCGUAUUUCCAUGAACGUCAAUUAGGAGUUCAUUAG